UCUUGUCUACUCUUGACACUGUAUGCACCGUUGCUUACGAGAAAGACUUCCAGACCGAGUAAUCCUUGGUUCACUCGUGAAUUAAAAUUAAAGUGCAAAGAACGAGAUAAACUUUACAAACUUGCCAAAAAAUAUCGAGAUCAAAAUCUGCUUGCUCGUUACCGUCUGAUUAGGAAAGCACUAAAGAUUCAGCUAAAUUCUGCACGUGAAGAUUAUUUAAAAACAGCAUUAUUGAGUAAUUCACCUGGAUCUUCAGUUUGGAGCAAACUUAAGCACCUUGGACUAACUAAUUCGAACUCUUCGUCUCCGUUGAAUUUCUUUGAUCCUUUGGAGCUAAAUGAGUUUUAUGCAAAUAUCGUCAGAAGGCAUCCAUCUUGUGAAAAUGAAUUUUUGGCGUCACUUCACCUGGAAUCUACCCGACAAGUUGAAUGCUCGUUCAAUUGGUCCGAGAUUGACAUUGUUGAUGUCACAAAAGCGGUACAAUUGACACUAGCUAAAUCCAAAGGAAAAAGUCCUGAUGGACUAGAUUUGAGAUGGCUGAAAGAUCAUUUGCCACAAGCAAUGAUCCUCGGCUCAAAUGGUAGGUUAAGACAAUUGCAAGAAUUUGAUUUUCCACCAGUCAAAAUAAAUGGCGUUGUUAUACCAUACACAGACUCUGCUAAGUGCCUAGGAGUCUACAUAGAUAGAAGCUUGUCUUGGAAUACUCAUGUCUCUCAAGUUGUUCGCAAAGUAAACUCAGCUCUACAUUGUUUGAAAGUGCGUAAAAAUAUCUUCACAAAGGAACUUAGAAAGGUAUUAGUCACUGCUACUAUUCUACCACUUGUGGAUUAUUGUUCUGCAGUCCUAGUGGAUGCGACAGCUGAGAAUGACAGGAAGCUGCAACGUGCAUUAAAUGCCUCGAUAGUAGGUUUUAUAUUUGAUCUCAGACGAGAUGUACAUAUCAGUCCAUAUCGUAAAGACCUGAGCUGGUUAUCAUUCAAAUACCGUAGAAUGUACUUCAUGACCUGCCUCUUGUAUAAGUUGCUUAGUGUUGGCAAGCCAAACUAUCUACGGAACUUGUUUGUUGAAGAAGCAGAUGUAAGACGCUCGGAUAGGCUAGCAGCUAAGAAGCACACUUCUUUUGAAUUACCGCGCUUUACGACGACUUAUCUGGAACACUCAUUUUUGGUGACUGUGAUAAGAGUAUGGGAAGAAUUACCUAGUGAUAUUGUUAACUCAAAUAGUCUUGAAGUAUUUAAAAACAAAGUUUUUGGAUAUUUUCUACAGUUAGACUUU